CGACACCAGGCGACUUCAACGACGCGUUAUUGUUCGACGUGCGUCCUCUCGUCAAUCUUUUUUGCUGAAGUAUCUUGGAAAUUAAUGCAUUAUGCGCACUGUAUUUGCGGGCAAAUAAGCCGACGCUUCGGUUCUUUUCGUGAUUUUCACUUCAGCAUUCAGCUUGGGCGAAAAGUCGCAAGAAGCUAAAUUGCUAAUAUGACAACUCCAAGCAUACUAACUCACCGUAAAUAAAUUUGAUUUCGGAAGAGCAAACCAUGCCGGGUCCUCAAGGCGUUGCGCACCUUAAUAUCACUGCGGGCACGCUAGUGGCCGUUGGUGGUAUAAUGGGUUACACGCGGAAAAAGUCCCUACCCUCCCUCGUCGCGGGAGUGUUGCUUGGGGCAGCGUACUACGGAAGUGCGUAUUUGGUCGACCGAGUAGACCCCGUCAAGGGAUUCCAAGCGGGCGCAGCGACCUCGGCGUUUCUGACCGCCGCGAUGCUGCCACGAUACCUAAAAACCAAAGCCUUCAUGCCUGCAGGUAAAAAAUGGUUAGUUUGUCUUGUAGUUUCCCGCACUUCGGCGAGCGUUGCCGUUUCAAUAAAUAACUGCCUUUUCUAACGUUGUCGUACGUAUUAGUGAGGCCGCCAAGCCGCGAUGGAUGUGUUGUAUCUUUUUGUAGAGUCAUGGACAAAAAGUAUUUUGUCGCAACCAAACCGCCAGGUCUCUGCGCACUGAUUGGCGUCGGCGCUGGAGCUUACAACGGGUGGCAGUUGGCACGAUAUACGGCGAAUUGAGCUCCUUUGGUGUUUGAAACAAGUGCCAUCCUUCUCGUGUGCGGCUUCUGUGUCAUUUGUUUUAACCCACGCCAAAAAACCGAAAAUGCAGAUGGGCCAGCGCGAUCGUCCUUUUUAUGUGCUAGAAGUGCUCCUGCCCC